AUGCGUGUCACAGGUACCGAGACUCGUAGCCUCCUGGAUUGGCUAUCUACUGGAAGCAGUUUCCACUGCUUAUGGCAGCCUUUGGCAGGAAAGUACAGUGGGUUGUUUCACCUGAUUAAUAGCACGUAUGACAGCUUUAUAGUGCCACCCUAUUUUGGUGUUGUGUUCUUCACUGCUCGGGUAUUGGAUGCCACAUGCAUUUGGGCUGCUGCUUUGGACGGCGACCUCAACAAGGUCAGAUCCUUAAUUCGGAAAGGAACCGACCCCAACCAGACUGACAACUUUGGAUACACAGCUCUGCAUUACAGCAGUCGUCACGGUCAUGUUCCUGUAUGCCGCUUCCUGUUGGAGAAUGGAGCUGACAGCAACUCUCAGACACAUGGUGGUAGCACAGCUCUGCAUCGGGCAGCAUAUUGCGGUCACCUUGAAGUGGUAAAACUACUUCUAGAGUUUGGUGCUGACCCCGCUAGGACAGACUCAGAUAGAAGGACAGCACUCCAUAAGGCUGCAGAGGGUGGACAAAGAAAUAUGUACCACUUCCUGUUACACCACUACAAUACUCUUGAAGACAUGCGUGAUGGCAGAGGCCUGACUGCUGCUGAUCUAGCUCCAUCAGAACUCUACCAUCUUACCAGGAGCGCUGCUAGAACAACUGCAGCUUAGGACGAAGAUUGCUUAUCGCCCUUCUGUGACUGCAGUGCACCAACAGUGAAGGCAUUGAGGUCCCUCCGGCCUGCCAGGGACAGCCAGAAAACAGUUUAAAUAAUAUCUGUAAAAAAACAGUUACACUAAAAAUGGCACCGAGCAAUGGCACUGGUGGAGGACCUGUGAACUAGCAGCCCCAUUGAGGAGCUUCACAAACUCUCCGCAUUAGUAACAAGUCUUUCAGGAUGGGGUGAAUCCCAAACCCCUAUGUUAAGUUCAAUGUUUUGUUUUUUAAAAAAGGGAGAUGGAGAUUUUCAAUGCCCUCUUCUAUUCAGCAUUCUGCACCUUGGGUUCGGUUUCCUCAUCCAUCUUUUUUUCUGAAAACAAAUGACAGUGAAAAAACAGUUAGACAUUUCUUACUGUAUCGCCUAUUAAGCCUUUCUAGUCAAAGAGGGUCGAUUUUACCCAAUAAAGCGUUUUUUUCCCUCA